GAGCUGCAGUGCCGUCACCGGGCGGCGCCGGCGCAGAUGUGGUCCGUUGUCGGGCGCCGCCGAUCAGAAUCCAAAGCUGCGCGCUCCGGGUUCCGGGUCACUCUGAGAAUGGUUCUUCGGCGGCUGCUGGCGAUCUUGCUGCACAGCCCGCAGCUGGUGGAGCGCCUGUCCGAGUCGCGGCCCAUCCGUCGUGCAGCGCAGCUCACCGCCUUCGCACUGCUGCAGGCCCAGCUGCGCGGCCAGGACGCGGCCCGGCGCCUGCGAGGCCUCGCGGCUGGGCCCGCGGGCUCCCUGGGCCGCCGCGCUGCGCGUUUCAAAGACAUCUUCACUAAGGAGCUACGCCGCGGCCUCCGGGAACGCCCAGGGCCACCACCAGGUAGCCAGAGGGGCCCAGGUGCAAACCCCUAAAUCUAGGUUGGGCCUAGCCCAAAUCGCCCGAUUUCCCUUCUGGGCUCGACACUGUACUCGGCGCUAAGGAGUCAUCCCUGGCACUGCGCGCGUCUUCAAAUCCUGACUCAGAUUGUCAGCCAGCAGAGGUCCCAGCCAUCAGAAAGCCCAGGUCAAACCGACAUUCCCGGUGUAGCCCUGAGAUCGGACAUGGCACAGUGUGUGAAGAAAGCCCCUGAAACCUAACAGAAUCGAAGAUAGGGUAGGCCUUGAUACACCGCGUACAGAGAGCCAUGGACCAUACCACAGUCCGAACAAGGGUCUGCCUUCUGCGAAUGGGACUAAAACUCGUGAUAUAGGUAAUGUCUCUGCACUGAUGUAAUAGGGCACUACUUCAGAGGAGAUCAUGGAUGGAAGGACAACCUUACAGCUGCCAAAAUUCUCUGAUUAAAUAUGUGAGCUGAGUAA